GACAGGAGAAAAGAGAGAGAGAGAAAAAAAAAUAUUAGGAAAAUAAAAGGGAAAGAUUUGCUUUCGAAGAAACGUUCAAUAAGUUGUUAAAACAAAUUCCUCGUUUCGGAAGAACAUCGACAAUCAUCGUCAUCAUAUAAUCGUCAUUGUUGUCAUUUAUGUCGACUAUGUUGGAGAACCCGUUGAUAAAAUAACCGCGCGAAAUAGCCGCGUGUCUAGUUAAAUCCAUACAGAUCGACCAAGUGUUAACAGUACACGGACGAAUGCCAGGUGUUCGAAACUUCGAUGAAACAAGGUGUAAUCGGGGCUCUUCCUCUCUCUUUCUCUCACUCUCUCUUGCUCUAUCUUUGGUUCCGUUGACUCGAAGAAGCCGAUAGCCUACGAAGGAAAUGGGUCGAGAGGUUUCCGUCAGGCAAGAGUGUCAUUGAGUGCUUUGAAAAACAGAAAAGGAAGGUAUUUAACAAGUUUCGUAAGAAUUAGAAGAAAACUUAAGAAAGAGAGGGGAAAAUAAUACGAAAGUUAAAUUACGAAGAUCAAUCGAAUUAUUCAUUUUGCUUACGAGACCUUUUGGUUCGAUCUUGGUCAGUGUGCAUAUGCGCGCGGUUUAAAAAAAAAAAAAAAACUUUCUGUUCGCUAAGAACAUCUCGAAAGGAUUACGAAAGAAAGAUUGAGAGUGAAGAACGGUGACAAGUUAGAGACAAAAAUGAUGGACGAAAGUUUAAUCUACGUGGUGGAUGUGCGGCACUCGAUCCAUUUGACGAAGAAAAUACAGCUGCUAAGUACGACUCGUUGAAAGCUCUCUCUCCUUGUUUGUUUAUGCAUUCUUUUUUUGAUCCCCUUCCUGAUACUUUUCCUUAUCCCAGUUCAUCUUCCCUAAAAGUCGGUCGCCUUUUUGGUGAUACACGUUGGAAAUUUCAAGUGAACUUAUUCCUAGCCGAUGCAAAAGGUGUCGUUCUAUUCCACGAGGAAUAAACAAUUGUACGCUGGUUAACGACGUUGGAUAUCAUCGAUUGCUUCUUGUCUUCAAACAGAUACUCGAAUCCUUUCACGAUUAUCAAUAAUACAAAGCGUUACCAUUAAUAAUACGAAUAAACCUUACCUUACAACUUUCUAAUGAUAAGAAGAAGAAGAAGAAGACGAAGAAGUGGAGGAAGAAGGAAUAGAAUAAGGCAAUGAAAGAAUCGUAAAGAUAGGAACGUUGUACAUGUUGAUAUACGUAAAUAAAGAUGAUAGUGCACGGCGGGCUACUGGUGAUCCUAAAAUUGGUACUGAUCCUUGCUGCAUCGACUAUUCCAGGAACGUGGAUAAACAUGGGUAUGCAGCACUUUCCACAAUUGGAAACGGCUCAGUUUAUGGAAACUUACGACGUAGAAGCCUCGACGAUUUGCAUCGGUUUGAAGGGUCUCUCGCAGGGACAGGGGAAGCUUUGCCAAUUAUCCGUGGAUCAUAUGCCGAGCGUGGCGAAGGGCGCCAAAUUCGGAGUCCUUGAGUGUCAGCAUCAGUUUCGAGAUAGAAGGUGGAAUUGUUCCACCGUCAAUGAUGAAACUGUUUUCGGGCCGAUCCUUAAAAUAGCAAGCAGAGAAACUGCGUUUGUACAUGCUAUCACAGCAGCGGGGGUAGUUUAUUCCAUAAGUCGAGCUUGCAGGGAUGGACAAUUAUCAUCUUGCGGUUGUUCGAGAAGUAGCAGACCGAGAGAUCUAAAUCGCGAAUGGAUUUGGGGUGGUUGUGGAGAUAAUCUCGAAUAUGGAUAUAAAUUCACCCAAUCAUUCGUGGACGUAAGAGAACGCGAGCGUAGCUUUAAACGAGGUAGUAGAGAACAAGGAAGGAGCCUAAUGAACUUGCAUAACAACGAAGCAGGACGUAGGGCUGUUAUAAAAAGAUCUAAAGUAACAUGCAAAUGUCACGGAGUUUCUGGUAGUUGCAGCUUGAUCACCUGUUGGCAACAACUUGCAUCGUUUCGAGAAAUUGGUGAUCUUUUAUUGGACAAAUACGAUGGUGCAACCGAAGUUCGAGUAAACAGACGUGGUCGAUUAUCCAUGCGAGAUCCAAGAUUUUCUUUGCCUACGGCUAAUGAUUUAGUUUAUUUGGAUGACUCGCCAAAUUAUUGUCUUCCAAAUGAUACUCUUGGCUCUUUAGGUACGCACGGACGAAUUUGCAACAGAACAUCAUCCGGUAUGGAUGGUUGUAAUCUACUCUGUUGUGGAAGGGGCUACAAUACUCAGAAAUCAACGAUCAGGGAAAGAUGCGAUUGUAAAUUUCAUUGGUGUUGCUUCGUUGAAUGUAAAACAUGUGUGAAAAACAUUGAUAUUCAUACUUGCAAAUAAAUUCGCGUGUGUCAUCAUUACAUACGAAAAAUAUACUUUAACAGUUAAUACUACUUGGAAUCCAAGUUUUCUACCAUGAAGGUAUCGAAUAGCGAACAAAUUUAUGCAGUAUGUAGGGUGUUCGGUUAAACGUGAUCAUUUAUAUGCAUACAUACRUACAUACUAUCCAUUUGCAGUAACACAAUUUUUUUAUCGUUAUAAUUUUUUCAUUAUUGAACAAUUUAAAAUUGUUACGUUGAUCAUGGACAUUUUGAAAGAUAAUUGAUCACGAAUUAAAUUUAACACCCUACAUAAUUUAGUAGUGUAAUUAGCGCUAUAUCAACGACGAUGUAUAUUUUGAUAAAAAAUCUUAGGAUAAUCGUACAAAUUGUAGAUUUAUACUAGAAAUUGAUAUAUGUAUGUUAUCAUAAUUUAGAAAUGUAAUUAAUUUGAUUAAAAUAUUCGUAGAUUAUAAUGUAAACUGUGAACAACAACAAAAUAACAUAUAUAUCAUAUACUUUUAUUUAAAUAUGUUACUAAAAAUAGAAUACUUUUCGUGAUGUAGAUACAGUAGUAUCGAUAUAUCGUAUGGCCUAUUGGAAACUUAGACGAAAGAAGGCCUUUUACUGCACAAUUGUAUUUCUUUGUGUUAUAUUCAUCACGUGUAUCAUCCCUUUUGAUGUAUAUUCUAUCAUAACCGAUAAUACGAUGAUGAUAAUGUGAUGAUAAUUAUUUAAAAUACUUCACUUUCUAAAUACUAAACAAUUUUAAGAAC